AUGACCAACAUCGAAGAUUGGAGAUGGGUCCCAUCAAAGUACAAUAUAGCGGAUGAAGCAACCAAGUGGGGGAAAGGUCCUUGCUUUAGUCCCGGUUCAAGAUGGUUCCGUGGUCCUGAAUUUUUAUACGAAUCGGAAUCGGAGUGGCCGAAGAAACGCGCACGGGACCUGAAGGAAACUACAGAAGAAUUACGUCCCUGUAUGGUUCUUCGAGAGUACGUUAUGGAAGAACUCAUCGAUUUCACAAGGUUCUCCAAAUGGGAACGCUUGUUGAGAGCAGUCGCAUAUGUUCGUCGUUUCGUAACGAAUUGCCGUCACCGUGUGGAAAGGCAACAGAUACUGCACUUGACACAAGAUGAGUUGAUGGAGUCUGAAACAAACCUUUGGCGUAUGAUGCAGGCGGCAAUGUAUCCGGACGAGGUGGCAGUGCUGGGAAAGCAUGGUUCGAAGAAAAAGCAAGAUAUCGAGAGAAGCAGCAAACUGUACAAAUUGUCACCAUUCAUGGACGAACAGGGAGUGCUACGCGUAAACGGCCGCAUCGGAGCGGCACCUUAUGUAACGUACGAUUUUAAGUUUCCAAUCAUCCUCCCCCGGUACCACCGUGGUACCGCCCUUCUCCUGGACUGGUAUCAUCGAAAAUACCUUCACGCUAAUCGCGAAACGGUUGUGAACGAGGUACGGCAGCGAUUCCACGUGUCGAACCUACGAACGGUAGUGCGAAGGAUGGCCAAAGAGUGCCAGACCUGUAGGAAUAAGAAUACAUUUCCAACAAUGCCGAGGAUGGCUCCGUUACCGGAGGCAAGGCUGACUUCAUUUGUUCGUCCGUUCACAUACGUCGGGCUUGACUAUUUCGGGCCAUUGCCGAUCAAAGUCGGCCGCAGUGUAGCGAAGCGAUGGGUAGUCUUGUUUACUUGUUUGACGGUUAGAGCUGUGCAUCUGGAGGUCGCCCACUCACUAUCGACGGAAGCUUGCAAAAUGGCGAUUCGUCGGUUUGUCGCGAGACGAGGAGCACCUCUUGAAAUAUACUCGGACAAUGGCUCGAAUUUUCAAGGUGCUAGUCGUGAUCUGUUAGACGAGAUCAGGAAUAUGGAACAGGAACUAGCUGAUACCUCCACGGAUGCGCACACGAAUUGGAUCUUCAACCCACCGUCAGCUCCGCAUUUCGGCGGGGUUUGGGAGCGUCUCGUACGUUCAAUUAAAGUGGCAUUAGGAUCGCUAACCACAUUGCGGAACCCGGAUGACGAAACCCUGCUCAUCAUUUUGGCCGAAGCGGAGUCCAUCGUCAACUCGAGGCCUUUGACGUACUUGCCGCUCGAAUCUGCCGUUCAGGAAGCCCUCACUCCUAACCACUUCCUACUCCUGAGCUCAAAUGGUGUUGUACGAGGUCCAAAACCACUGAAGGAGGCCGAGAAGGUAUAUCGUAACAAUUGGGAUCACACAAGGCAGUUCGUCGAUCACUUCUGGAGACGUUGGAUAGCCGAGUACAUGCCAACGAUCGCGAAACGUACGAAAUGGCAUCGAGAAACAAAGGCACCAGUGGUUGUACUUAACGAGCAGCAACGUAAUGGGUGGAUUAGAGGACGUAUCGUCUCGUUAGUGAAAGGGAAAGACUCGAGAUUGAGACAAGCGGUGGUGCAGACGUCAAUUGGUAGUUGGCAAAGUUAG